UGCCAUUAUCUUCACAUCAAGCUUAGAUUUUGCAACUCGUGCCAAUCAUGUACCUGCCCGUAAUUUGGCCCGUAAUGGAUUUCUGAAACUGAAACACAACUUUAGGUUUCCAUGAAAUCAAGGCGAGUCACUCCCAUAUCAGCUUUGCAGUUUUUACGAACAGAGGCUAUUUUUCUCUUUGUUUUGACUGUGUUGUGCAUUUGUAGCUUACGGUAAAUAUGUUUAAUCAUUGAUUUUAUGUUUUUAGUUUUAUUGAUUUUGAAAAAAAAAUAUGUGGAGACUAAUGGAUCAUUUUGCAUCAGUUAUUUUUAGCGUACAACACCGUGUAAAGGUUAGUUGAUAUCUAAAAUUAUCUUGUGAUGCCUCGUUGUUAUCUGAUUAUGCCUUGUUGAUACAUUAUUACGCCUAGUGGAUACCUUAUGCCUUAUAUGGCUUGUUGAUACCUAUAUUUAUCCUCGUUGAAACAUACAUUGUAAUGCUUUUUUUAACAGAAGUCGAAAAUAUAAAUAACUAAAGUACACGUGUUACUUUAUCUAUAAUUUCCUAUACAUGAAAUAUACUGCUAAUUUAUUUCAAUAAGUAGAUUUUAUACUUAAUUUUUUUUUUAUGUUUAACGAUCGUUCGCUGUUUUUUAAAAAAAAUAAUAUAAUGCUAUUGUUCAUCUUAUGAACAGUUCUUUUAUCAUUAGGUGUUUCUUGAAACACAUUUUCAGGGAAAAUGUUGUAGUUAUUUUUUUUAAAAAUUAUAAUUGCGUUGUUUUUUUUUUUUUCAGAGCGUAGUUUUCACUACGUUUAUUUUGUUGAUCGAACGUGUCAUUCAAUGUAACAUGUAUUAAAAGGAUGAGACGGCGGUCGGUGCUCUGCAGCUUUUAAGUCAAAGCGUUUUAGAUGUCAACCGCUACCCGAUUUGAUCCCGUUCCCAUGUGCGAUCCCGCAUCCUUGGUGGGACCCCAUUCCCUGUUGUGUACCCGUACCCUGGUGGGACACCCGUUCCCUGGUGUGACCGCAUUCCCUGGUGGGUACCCGUUCCCUGGUGGUAUCCCCAUUCCCUGAUGGGUACCCGUUCCCUGGUGGGACCCCCAUCCCUUGGUGGGUACCCGUUCCCUGAUGGGACCCCAUUCCCUGUUGGGACCCCAUUCCCUGGUGGGACCCCAUUCCCUGGUGGGUACCCGUACCCUGGUGGGACUCCCAUUCCCUGGUGGGUACCCGUUCCCUGGUGGGACCUCCAUUCCCUGGUGGCACCUCCAUUCCCUGGUGGGUACCCGUUCCCUGGUUGGACCCCCGUUCGCUGGUGGUACCCCCUUCCUUGGUGGAAUUAUGACAAGCCAUUUUAAUCACUUUUGCCAAGAUCCGUAAAUACACGUAGAAGAAUAUACUGUUAUCUAAGCCUUCAACUUCAUUUAUGCAUAUAGCUUAAGCUAUAAUAAGUGUCAACAGAUUUGUAACUUUCUAGAAAAUUUAAUAAUUAUCCUUAAAUCUCAUUUCAUAAUAUUUGGGAAAACUCGUUACAAAAUAUAGAAACAUAAAAGAAAUUAUUAAAUACAUUCUUUUGGAGUCUAAUCCUUAAAUGGGAUUAGAAAAAAAUCGAACCUUCUAGAAUAAUCUAGAAACUUCGCGUAUGUAUUGGGGCAGCCCUGGAUGAUAAUAACAGGGAGGCGCCGAAGUAGACAUUAAAAAGAAAAACGCGCCCGGUUGGCUCUAUUUAUGUGUAUUGCCAGCGUCAUUUUGGGUUAAAGCACCCGGGCUGCUGGGUGGCCGAGCGGUCUAAAAGGACUCCAUCCAAACAGCUGAUGGUCUGGAGCUCAAUUGCCACCAAAGCACAAACAUCCCCAGCACCACGGGUGGAUGGGACUUGCUAGCCUUGGACGGCAACUCAUCUAAGAGAAGGCAAACUCAGAAUUCAAACUAGAAGCCAGGAUGAUCAAUAAAUUGAUCGUGAGGCGUCAAAUCAUAGGGGGGAAACAAGCAGUUAUUGGACACACAAAUUAAGUCACAGUUAAUCUUUGAACUUUAAACAAAACAUUAGUUAAAUUCUAUCAAUCCUUUUUUAUUCAGACCCAUUUCAAAAAGAUAAGGUGAAAAGGGGGGGGGGGGGAAAGUAGCUAUGACCUAAUUGCUAGAAGUAAAAACCAAAAAUGAAGGAUUGUUAUUAAAAAGAAAAAUACACAAAUUAAGUCACAGUUAAUCUUUGAACUUUAAACAAAACAUUAGUUAAAUUCUAUCAAUCCUUUUUUAUUCAGACCCAUUUCAAAAAGAUAAGGUGAAAAGGGGGGGGGGGGACAGUAGCUAUGACCUAAUUGCUAGUAGUAAAAACCAAAUAUGAAGGAUUGUUAUUAAAAAGUAAAAUGAAUGGACACCAUUAAGUUCCAUUCUAUUAAGUGUAGUAUUCUGAAAAACUAUAAUGUAUGCGCUAAAAUACACCUCUUGCGUUUUGAAUUGAUCAAGUACUUUUGGGAUGGGCUCAAUAAGAGAAAUUGGUGAGAAAUGUUGAAGUAGUGUAUUUAAGUAACCAUAAAGUUGUCUCCCAAUUACAACAAUUCAAUUCACUUUAUAACUUAUAUUUUUUUUUAUAUUCUCAGCAGCUCUAAAACUGACACAAUGGUGUUGGGAAUUGUCUCUUGGAUCUUAAAGAUAACAUUUUGCCUUUUAUUCUCUUGGAUUCCUCCUGCAUUGGGUAGGAUCACCGAGCAAUCCAUUUCCUCUGUGUCAUCAUGGCUGUGGCUUUCACUGGGCUGGGUAUUAGAGCAAAUCACUAACCUUGUAUGGACAUACCUGUACGCUGUCAUAGGAUCUAUUCUCGGGGCCUUGGUUACCACUGUGGCGUUUCCUUUUACCCUUGUCGCCUUGGGUUUUACCAGCGGUAAGAUACUGUUUUAUCUGACUUAUGUUUUUAACGUCACGUAAAUCUGACGAAGGCUUUCUGCCGACACGUUCGCUGUUUUGUUGCGUUUAUUUUUUUCAGGUUUAACCCUACUCUGUUUUACUCAUUUUAUUUUGUACUAACCUGAUUGCAGUCUCUCCCCUUAUUAUUACCCCUUUUUAAAUCUAUGUAUGAGUUGAACAUUUUAAUUUCAACAGGUUUCCUUUCUUGUACAAGUGCGUGGGCAAGCAAAAUGACAAAUAUGAAAGUAUAAUGAUUUUUUAAUUUUUAAUUUUUUUUUUUUUUGCGGUGGGCUUUGGGAGGGGGGGGACUGACAAAAUUAUUGCUACAGAUAUAAAUGUAUUCUCAAACCAUGGUGAAAAGUAAACAUGAAAAAUGGGAAUUUAUUUAUUUUAAUUUCAACAGGUUUCCUUUCUUGUACAAGUGCGUGGGCAAGCAAAAUGACAAAUAUGAAAGUAUAAUGAUUUUUUAAUUUUUAAUUUUUUUUUUUUUUUGCGGUGGGCUUUGGGAGGGGGGGGACUGACAAAAUUAUUGCUACAGAUAUAAAUGUAUUCUCAAACCAUGGUGAAAAGUGAACAUGCAAAAUGGGCAUUUAUUUAUUAUAAUUAAAAAAUUUGUUUUUUGAGAUUUAAGCUAUUGUCAACUAUAUAAAUAAACAAUAAAUACCGUAUUUGGUUUGUUUUAUAUUUUUCGAAAUUGAAUAUUGCCUUUGCUGUGGCAAACCAAUGUGACAUUUCAAGAAAAUAUGUCAAUUUAUUUAAGUGUUUAAUGUACAUGACACAGAGUCUAUCGUACAUCAAGCAUCAUCUGCUAUGGUGAGUUCUCUUUUAUUGUCUCUCUGUGAGUGUUUGUGGGUGCGUUUGCAUAUGAGUGUUUGUACCUGUGUGUAUAUGUUUGGUCGUUUCUUUGUCGGUGUGUAUCACAGAAUAUCUUGGAUAUUACUUUGUGGCGAAUAGUCGUCUGUCUAGGGGUUCGGUCCUCUGCGUGUGGCCACAGAAACAACAAAUGUAAGUGUCUAGUGAACCUCUCUUUCUCAAAUAAGUUUUAUUCUUGUCAUUGUUAUUCUGUGGACUUACUUUAACAAGAAGAAAUCCAUCGUGGAUGUCGGGGGUGGGGGAAGGGGGGUGACACCAUGAGAUUACCGCACGGGGUGACACCGACCCUAGCAACGCCACUGGACAGAUUGCCAAAUUAUUAUAAUGCUGGUGCUUCAAUACGGGGGAGGGGGGGGGAACGCUUGCGAUUAUAAGGUGGGUGACGUAAUAGUAUAAUAAAAUAUCAACUCAAGUCUGUGGUCUGUGUAACAACAAGCCUUUGUUCACCAUUCUACAUUUUUUAAACCCCACAUCAUAUGACCGCUCACGACAAUUCUCCUUACACCAUUCGCGCAUUUAAGUUUAUACAUUCAUAAAAACAACUGGACACGUCCAGUCAUACACCAUAACAACACACAGGACAAGCAGGUCACAAGCUUCAAUCAAUACACACGACAACAAUAACCGCCAGCCAGUCAUACUGUGAAACUGUCACGAAUGAUUAAUGAUCGGGAUUAUGAAAUAACUUAUCAAAAGUUGGUUGGUUUUAGUAUAGGUUAUUUAAAAAAAUGUAAAUUAUAAGACGGAUAAUUACAAUUAAGGUUAUUAUAAUGUGAGUUAUAAUGUGGGUGAUUAUAAUUUUAAUGAUUGUAAUGUGGGUGAUUUCAAUAUGAAUGAUUGUAGUAUGGGUGAUUAUAAUGUGAAUGAUAGUAAUGUGGGUGCUUAUAAUGUGAAUGAUUGUAAUAUAGGUAGGGCUGAUGACGACGUCAAUUGUUAGGAAGCGGCGUAAAGUUAGCUGGUUGGCUGUGCCAUUAGUUCCGACAAGGUCACGUUAUCAAGUUACACAUUAUGUCAUACCAUUUUUACGUGGCUGGCCAUCAAGAGGACACGUUGCUGGCGCUAUUUCUAAAGCCACCUUCCUGCUACUUUGGUGAAGUCCCUCAGCUAAAAUAUAAAAAAAAUAAUUUAAAAACCCUUUGUUCAAUGUGUAACAGCCAGCGUCUUGACGUCUUAAAUUUACGUUUAACUGUUUAGUCUGAAUUAAAUUCUGUCACAGAGAAUAUUGUGUUUUUCACGUUGUUUUUAAAAAAAAUUUGUAACUAUGAACUUAAUAAAAAAUGUGUUUAAAUAUUCGACAUAAAAUUGUAUUCUUUUUUGCAUACAUGUAUUUAGGCAUAGUCACCCCCUAUAUUGAUUUUCCUAGUUAGCAAAUCAUGACAGCAAGGAACCAAAAUGUAGCAGCUAAAUUGCUAGAACUAUAUUUAGAAAAGGGAGAGAGGGCAUAGGGAGAAAUUAUGAAAUUAUAGUGUAACUAGAGAGAGGUCUGAGGGAGAGGGAGAACACUUAUUUUCAGUAAUACUCACUUUCUCUCUCUCUCCUCUUCUUCUUCUCUCUCCCCUUCUCUCUCUCUCCCCUUCUCUCUCUCCCUUUCUCUCUCUCCCCUUCUCUCUCUCCCCUUCUCUCUCUCCCCUUCUCUCUCCCCUUCUCUCUCUUCCCUUCUCUCUCUCCCCUUCUCUCUCCCCUUCUCUCUCACACAAAAUCACCAUAAAACGUUCUCUGUGUCUCUCUCAAUCGAUAUUUCACUACCUCUCCCUCAUUCACGUUGUCACCUUUUUUUCUCUCUAUUACUCUCUCUCAAACACUACGUCACUUUCUCACUCUCUCUCUCUCUAUCUCUUUCUAUUCCUGGAUGCUGUGACGGUAUCUCAACAUCACGCGCACAUUUUUGAACCCAUUCCAAACACGUCCUUGACUGUGACGUAUUUCUGAAACUGAAACACAUGCUUCAAGUUUCCACGAAAUCAAAGAGAGUUCACUCCUUAUCAACAUCCCAAUAAUUAUAAAUAGACGCCAAUGUUCUUUUUGUUUCGACUGGGGUUGCUCCUUCGAAAGCAAAGGUAAAUAUUUUCAACAUUGAUUUUAAGUUUUUAGUUUUAUUGAUUUUGAAAAUCUUUUUCUAUUUUUAUUUUUGGAGACUAAUCGAUCAUUUUGUAUCACUUAUAUUGACGUUCAAUAACCAUCAAUUUAAAACUGUUCGCGCAUACCAUUCAAUUUCUAGACAUAGUUUUGGCACCACCAUGAUGAAAAGUAUUCAUAAAACUGCAAAUUAACCUGACAUUUAGCCUUUUGGCUAAGACCCAAGUGUAAAAAUUAAAUAAAAUAAAAAUGAACCUGACAUUCGGGGUGUUCCACACCCCCCACCCCUUUGCACUGUCAAUCGAACCUCCAUGGGGUGCAGGCACCCCUAGUUAAGAAGCCUUUAUGAUUAUGUACAUUGAUGAGAUUUCAUCUACGUUUUUGUUGUUGUAGCUGAUUUCCCAUUUAUUUGAUCUUCCCGUUUCAAUCUGUCUCGGGUUCAAGCAUCUAACCUAGUCACUCACUUCCCUCGUUGUUUGGGUGCAGGUGGCCAGACUUAGCAGGGCUCAGUGACCCUACUAUUUUUAGAUGCUUUGUUUUCAUGAACUUCGCUUUUGUUCGUACGUUUCUAUGGGGCAAAAUAUUCGGAAGCUAAUUGACCCACUUCCUGUUGUCCUACCGAGCAGAAACCAGGCACAUAGAUAUUUUGCCGGUAACAACAUAUUCUCUCAAACUUUUCAGACCCCCCCCUCCCCCCCAUGUCCCUUUCAAAAUAAGUUUUUCUAUUUUUUCAAAGGGCUAGUAAUUUUAAUAAUUUUUUCAAUUGGUGCAUGUUUCUGGUGUGAAGAUAAAUUGUGUUACUGUUGCUAUGUGCUUUGUGAUUAGUCACCUAUUUGGGAAUGUAUUUUUGAAGGGGGAAAUGAAGGGAAAAUGAAAAGUGUUUCAGCCAGAAGUUUUCCCAUUUGCAUAACUGCUCCUUAAAACAAAUAUUAAAUCACUUGCAAUUACAUAUAUGCUGACAAAAAGGCAUAUAAAGGAUUUAUAGGACCAACAUGUUGUUAAAUUAUAGUCCUGUCUUUAUAUUUCAUUCUUCCACAAACCUUGUUCCACUACUUCAUUUUAUAGCUAGUCCUUUUUCCAGCAACAAUAAAGGAGAUCUCUUAAGGUUUUUGUUUUUGUUUACUGUGCUCUGUUUCUUGUCUUACUUCUAUUUGUCUUGUUCGCCGAAGAAGGCUCCAAGCCCGUGGUUCCCAACCUUCCUAACGCCGCGACCCUUUAAUACAGUUCCUGAUGUUGUGGUGACCCCCCACAGCCAUGACAUAAUUUUCGUUGCUACUUCAUAAAUUUGUAUUUUCCGAUGGUCUUGGGCGACCCCUGUGUAAGGGCCAAAGGGGUCGCGACCCACAGGUUGAAAACCGCUGCUCUAAGCGGUAACGUUCACACAUUGCUGUCCUGUCUUUUGAUGCAAUCGUCAACUUCAACAUGUCUUGUUUCACUAUUUCAUCCAGGAUUUAGGUCGACUAAUAAUUAUUAUACCGUAACUGCUUUUCUCUUUAAAAUGAAAGCUACAAUAAUUUCACCCGUCUUUCUGGGAACUAAGAUUAGAGAAUGUCUUUCAUGUUGGAAUGACUCGGGUUUUUAGUUUGUCCCCACAUACCAUAACAAAUGUUCCAAAUGAAAAAAACGUUUGAUUUUUCCACAUGACAGCACCGCAUGCGAUUGGUUUGAUUAAAUAAAUAGCGGAAUUAGAUACUUUAAUAAUUAGACACUAUACGACACUCGGCAGCAGAGCGAUGGAAGCCACUCGAGGAGCCUUUCUUUUAUAAUUGAAAGAGAGGUUAUGUUAAGGGUUUUGGGGGAAGGGGGGGAGGGGGGAAGGGGUGACAACUCGAUUUAAUAGUAACCUAAACCAGCGGUUCACAACCUGUGGGUCGCGACCCCUUUGGGCGUCGCACGACCCUUUCCAAGGGGUCGCUGAAGACCAUCGGAAAACACGUAUACUCUACAGUUGUGAAGUAGCAACGAAAAUAAUAUUUUGGUUGGGGGUCGCCGCAACAUGAGGAACUGUAAUAAAGGGUCGCGACAAUAGGAAGGUUGAGAACCACUGACCUAAACGAUCGUGUAGUAUUUCAGAUAAGAAGGACAAAUGUGUAGAUAUUACUAGUUUCGAUGAGCAGGGUUGAUGAAGAACGAUGAUGUUCAUUGAUGAAGAACGAUGAUGUUCAUUGAUGAAGCCGGAAAUCCAUACGCAUUUUUUAAAAUAUAGUGUUUAUAGUUUAGUUAAGAGCUGCAGCUUAUCGUUGUAUCAAAUCUAUCAAUCAGGCGAGCUGCAGCUUAUCGUUGUAUCAAAUCUAUCAAUCAGGCGAGCUGCAGCUUAUCGUUGUAUCAAAUCUAUCAAUCAUGGCGAGCUGCAGCUUAUCGUUGUAUCAAAUCUAUCAAUCAGGCGAGCUGCAGCUUAUCGUUGUAUCAAAUCUAUCAAUCAGGCGAGCUGCAGCUUAUCGUUGUAUCAAAUCUAUCAAUCAGGCGAGCUGCAGCUUAUCGUUGUGUCAAAUCUAUCAAUCAGGCUCACCAACAACUGCAAGGCGCCUACAAAAUAAUCGCUCAACACUGUACUUCCUCGCCCGUCGUGUGCCAGAAUGACUCAACUGAUACCACUCGGUGUUGGGGCGGCUUGUGCCACAGCGGCCUUCAUCACUGGUCCAGUGAUUCUUCCGUUGUUUGGUUUCACCACAGGUCAGUUGGAAUCAUCAGAACUAUGGAAAACACAAACCCCCACCCGUCACACACACACACACAUACACACACACACACACACACACACACACACGCCCCACCCCAUUCCCCCAGAGUAAAAAAAAAAAGAUUAUUUCAAAACCAGUACAUUAAGUACAUCGACAUGGUUGGAGUUUUACUUAUCCGCGUUUAAAUAUUUUAGAUUGACACGCCUAUUACAAUCAGGGAGUUACAAGCAAAAAACAUCAGUUUGCCUGGUUUAACAUUACCAUAAGUUAAUCCCAUCUAGAUUUAUAAUAAGCUCAUACGCAAAACAUGUUGGUCGUUAAGAUAAUAUGGUUGAGUUUUGUUUCUUGAAUUUGAAAUAAUUUUUUUUUUUAAAUUUCCAAAAUUCGUUUAUCAAACAAAGAGAAAUUUGACAAUGCCGUACUUGACAUGCUGUUGAAAGAAAUCUCAUGUGAAGCAUACACAAUUGACCCCCUUACAAUUUAGCUUGUUUGUGCUUUGAUCAAAUUGUUGGGUUAUAAUUAUUGUAUUUGUAUUCCUAAACUCGGUGUGUCCACUUCUGCUUUUCAGCCGGCAUCACAGCUGGGUCGGCAGCCGCGUCGUUCAUGUCCUUCGUGUACACUAAAGGUGUCGGGAUGGCUGUUCUGUCGGCCGCCCAGUCGGCUGGGGCUCUGGGGACAGUGGGUGCCGCCAAGGUCGCCGUCACUGGUGCGCUGGGUUACGCCCUGACCGCCGCAGUCCAACUCAUAAAAUGAUGGAUCUUCUGGACGGACAUUAAGCGGGUCACGAAACCCAUUUAUGAAGUCGUUGUUUUUUAUUUGGCAUUAUGUUGUACCUUAAUCAUGUGAAUUAAAUAUUACAAUAACUAAGUUUACUAAGCUAAGAAAAGUUUUAUCAGUUACGCUUACAUAAUUGUUCAUCUCAUGCAUUCACCGCAAGCAGUUUAAAAUAAGAUAAAAAUAUUCGUCCUUAACUUUUAAAAAUGAAAAGCCAAAGACUUGUAUUUGUUUUUUAAAAUUCAAGUAUUAAAAUCGUUAAGACCCGAGGCGUAUAAUCACAAAUUAUUGAAAUUGUUUUUAAAAAAAAAAAGAAAGAUUUUUCAUUGUUUAGUUGUUUUUUUAUUGGUAAGCUUUACUCUUUCAUCAUAAAACUCCGAUUUUUUUUAUCUUUCUUUUCGUUAAGGGAAUUGUCCCCAUUUUAUUCUUUUUUCUACUUUCUUUUUUUUUUUUGGGUAUAGGCAGGAUGUAAACUAAUAUAUGUACAUAAAAAGUUCUUACAUUUAUGUAUAAAAGUAUUUUUUUAAUAUAAAAAAUAAGAACACUUUUUGCUUUAUUAUAUAUAUAUCAGCAACAGAACCUUCGUUUGGUUAAUGGCCGAAGACCUCAGCGGAAAACCCAGACAUGUGCCAUUUUGAAGAUUUUGAGACAAGUUGAUUUUAAAAGUAUCCAACAUUUCCACAUCCCAAAUGCUUUAAUUGUGCUUGUAUUAUUUAGUGAUAUCAUUUUACUUUGGAAAUGUAUCAGUCGCUAGAUAUUUUGUGGCAUGUCUACUUCAUCACCAAGUCAAUGCAACUGUUACUGUUAUUUGCAAACACGAUGUGUUCUUCCGGUUCAUUAAUAAAAGUCAGCAUACUUUUUCAAAACAAAACGAAACAUGUAUUAUUCUUGUAUUUGUUUAUUCAAAUAUAACUCGCUUAAAUACUCAAAUUAUUGACAUUUAAAUCAAAUUUACCCAUGAUCAGAACAAAUUAAAAUCUAAAAUUUCAGUCCCAUAAAACACUUGAACUUUAGUGAUUCAAUUAGUUUAAUUUUUUUUUUAAAUGAGUAAAAUAAAUAUCAAUAAAAAAAAAAAGCAAUUGUACGAU